CGCCCGUCCACCCACACCUCCAAAGAAACUCUAUAAAAAAACUCCUAAAAACCUUCGUCCGCGCAUCUCUCGGCACCCCCGCACGUGACCCGCCGACACGCCAAAGCUGCCGCCGACCCACGUUAGCCAAGCCACCCACCCCAACCGACGCGCCACCCCGCCCGCGCCGCGCAUACAUGCCGCCGCCCAGCCUCACCGCGGCGCGCGACCCGGCCGCCGCCGCAGCCACCACCACCACCACCACCAAGCGCCGCCGCCGCAGCAGCAGCAAGGAGGGCGCCGCGGCCAAGGUCCACCUGGCGCCCGCGAGCGGUGAGGGCGCGGCUUCCGAGAAGGGGGCGAUGGGCGCGGCGGCGGCGGGCGGCGGGGAGGGGACGUGGGGGCGGUGCCCCGAGUGGUGCUCGGCGGCGGGCGUGGCGGGGGUCCUGCGGCGGCACCCGCUCCCGGCGCUCUUCGCGUGCGGCCUCCUGCUCUUCAUGGCCGUCGAGUACACCAUCCCCAUGGUGAGGCCGGGGGCGCCGCCGCUGGACCUGGGAUUCGUCGCCACCCAGGGCAUGCACGACGCCGUCGCCGCGCGGCCGUGGCUCAACUCGCUCCUCGCCGCGCUCAACACGGUGUUCGUCGCGAUGCAGGCGGGGUACAUCCUGUGGGCCAUCCUCGUCGAGCAGCGUCCCCGGGCCGCCGUCGCCGCGCUCAUGAUGUUCACCAGCCGGGGCGUGCUCGGCUGCGCCACGCAGCUCCCGCUGCCGGCGGAGUUCCUGGGCUCUGGGAUGGACUUCCCCGUGGGCAACGUCUCCUUCUUCCUCUUCUUCUCGGGCCACGUCGCCGGCGCGGUGAUUGCGGCUGCCGACAUGCGCCGCGAGGGGAGGGUCGCGCUGGCACGGCUCUACGACGCGCUCAACGUGCUCCAGGGGGUCAGGCUGCUCGCGUGCAGGGGACACUACACCAUCGACCUCGCCGUCGGCGUCGGGGCCGGGAUCCUCUUCGACACGAUCGCCGGGUGGUACUUCGACGUCAUGAACGGCGACGGCAAGAACGCGCACUGCCGCAGCUGCCAGUGCCACAAGGCUCUCCUCUCGCACUAGCUUAUAUUGCUGAUAUGAGUACAUUUUGGUAGCGCUCCAAGUGCCAACCGUCGACGGCCAAUUGAGGAUUAGUUCAUGUCAAAUUCUUUUUGAGUUUUUCUUUUCUUUUUUCGGAAUCAUUUUGAUGUAAGAGAACUUAAAUGCUACUUACCGAUAUGUAAUUGUACAAAUUGGUCACCCCAUGUCAGCGGUUAACUUCUGUAAUGCAAGCAUCAGAAGUUUCAAGCA